AUGCACAAGGCAGAUGAAGCGCCCGCGGCACGGCCCUCCCACCGUUACGAGAGGGCAAAUGGAAGGCUCUUUCGGCAAACAGAGCCCGGGCUUAAAAUCGAGGGUUCCGACGGGUUCUCACCCCUGACUCGUAGUCCCCGGGGAGCGGAGAAGAAGGUCGCCGCCACCAUGGAGCCCAAGGUGAUCUGUGUCCUGCUCCUGGUCUUCUCGCUGGCCCUCAGCGCGCAGGCUCAGGGCCAGGCCGAGACAUGCGCAGUGGCCCCGAAACAAAGAGCAAAUUGCGGCUACCCCGGUGUCACGCCUUCCCAGUGUGCAGAGAAGGGCUGCUGUUUCGACAACACCGUCCCGGGCUACCCGUGGUGCUUCUACCCCGGGAAGAUCGAGGACGCUCCCGAAGAGGAGUGUGAGUUUUAGCCGCUCUGUCGGUGGGAGCUGCGUCCGGACCGACUCAGAAUGCGACCGUCCACCCUCCACCCUCCACCCUCCACGCCGGCGGCUGCCGCUCCGCGCCGCCACCCACCCUCUCCGGCCUCCCACGCCUGCCAGCCAGCCGUCUGCCCGCCCUGCCCUUCGCUCGCUGCCCAGAUCGACGGCUCUGAGUGUUCGUGCUCUGCGUUAGCCUAACAAUGAAAACAGAUGAAUGCUAGUCCGUGCUUUUAGUUCUUUUAGAAAAUACACAGGAUUCUCCUUUCUCUCCAAGAGACA